ACAUCCUCCCCUGCCUCCAAGUCGUCGUCCACCCAUGCGUCAUCAUCAGGGAAUGGCAGCACCGAUGAAGCCACCCAAACGUUGUUGAGUUUCCAGAUGGGUGUAAGGAGAAAAAGAAAAAUUACAAGUUCACUAAACGCACCACAGAAAUCCAUAAAGAAGUAAGAUAAUGUUAUAUGUUAUAUUUUGUAAUUUACAUAGAUGUUAAGGGAUUGAAGUUGAAUUGUGAACUAUAUGCCUGGACAUUGGUUGAAGGACAUGUUAGCUGAUACCUUAAUGUUAAAUGUGAACUAUAUACCUCUUAUUAAUGUUAAGUUUGGCUGUUAAGUGUUAAGGUUUAUAGCGUAACUGUUACAGUUCAUUGUUGCAUGUUAACUAUUGGAUGUUGGAUGUCAAGUGUUGUUGAUGUUAAAUGUUUAAUUAUAAUACAGGAAAAAGUCAGGUGCUGCUAAAAUUAGACCCACUGCAAGUUUCUCCGCAUAUUGUAAAUUUAUGAAAGUCCUCGAACCGAGAAUGCGGCAGUGUCAUUGGGAUGCAUACCAAGGGUGUACAUUCCAGCAUUAUGUAAAGUUUGGCCCCCCAGCAAAAGAUCGACCCACGCUGGAACUUGUAUUGAGACACUAUAAGGGUAAUGAAGUGGCGUUUUCUCUGCCCGAUGCCGAAAGUGGGAGAGAAAAGGUUGUUAAUUUUGAUUUGGACUGGGUGCAUGAACAUACAGGUUUCCCAAUUGAUGGGGAAAUAAUUUACAAUAAUAGAGAUCCUUACCCUAGGCUUUGGGUGGAGUAUUUUCAUAAACGUUUUACUAGAAAGGGAAAGAAAUCAGCGAAGAAUAUGCGGCGAUAUGUGGAAGAGCUACUGCAAUCUCUUGUUGAAUCAAGAAAGAAGAAGGAUAUUGAAGAUUUUGUGUUACUGCAGAUACUUUAUCAAUGUUCAUUGAUGUGGUGCCCUAGCAGUGUCCAAGGCAUCCCAAGGCUCUUGUUCAAAUAUGUUGAUUCAAUUGAAAGAGUGAGGAAUGUGGCCUGGGGGAAAUACAUCUAUGAUCAGACGAAGAAAGGAAUUAAGAUUGCCAGGGAAGGUCUGCACAGGUCAGGAAUAAGCUAUGUACCUGGAUGCAUGCCUUUGAUCCCUGUAAGUUGGAUUAAUCUGUGCAUGUGAACGCUUGCUUGUUUUCUGUCAACUUACGUCAAGAAACCAUUAAGGCUUACUGGUUCAUGUUAACUAUUCUAAGGAUCUUGUUAACUAUAUUUCGGUUCAUGUUAACUUUAGUGUUUCCAGUAUUAAAGUUGGUGUUGUCAGUGUUAACUAUAUUGCAAGAUGAGUUCUGUUAACUAUAUUCAUGUUUAAAAGAUUAGUAUUGCAUACUAACAUGUAUUAAUUGCUUGCAGCUAUGGUAUUAUGAAAUGACGGGGAUUAAAAGAUAUGCCUUGAGCAAUAGAUCCAAACCACCCCUCACUAACUGGGUGAAGAUUGGUGAGAAGUAUGGAUCUUUUAGAAAUAGAACAAUAGUUGCCAAGGCUGCAAAAGCUAGCAUCCAGGUUGUACAAAAACCAAUAGCUGAAAUUGGCCCAUCCGAUGAGAAAUAUCCAAUCAGAAGGCCAUUGAUGAGGCUUAGAAGGGAAGGGAUUGUACCACAAUUACCAGUCGUACAUAGGGAGGCCAAGAAAGCAGCAGUAAGGAAGAGGAAGAUUGAAGAAGAAAAGAAGGUUGAAAAGAAGGAAGAAGAGAAGGAACAUGAGAAGAGAUGGUCAAUAGGUUUGGUAAGUUCUAAGGUGCUAAAUAUUAUCACAAGAAUACAUAACAUGUUAGCAACAAUAGAUAACA